AUGAAACCUUCAACAACAAGAAAGCACGUAUAUCAAAGAUUAGUCAAAAUGACAAAAAAGAAUUUAUCAAAAGAAUUAAUAAAAAAAGAAAUUUAUAAUGAGAAUAAUUAUAAUUCUUUUAAAAAAAUUCAAGAAAAAAAUAAUAAAACAUCAGAAAUAUUAAAAAAGGAAAUACAAUUAAUUGAAAAUAAUAAUAAUAAAGAUUCAACAGAAGAAAUAAAUCAAAAUUACACAGAUGAAACAAGUAUAACUGAAGAAUGUCAAUGGGAAUAUUCUUUUGAAAAAUAUAAAGACAUGUCAUUAGGAAUUAAGAUAUUAAUUAAAACAAUACAUCCAAUAGCAAAUACAAAAUGGAUUAAUAGAUGGAGUAAUUUAAUAAUUCAUAACUUAAUUUUAUAUGGAAUAACUGUUAAAGAAUGGAAAGAAAAUGAACUAUUUAGAGUAUUAGAUAUUGAAAAUUUACAAAGAAAAGUAGUUGAUCAAAUAGUUUUAAAAUAUAGAAAACAUGAAGUAAUAAUUAAAGCAAUAUUUGUUGAUAAAGUAAGAAAAAUAUUAAAUAGUAUUAAAGAAGGUCAUAAAAUAACAAUUGAACAUAUUUAUCCGUAUAUAUCCAUUCCAUUUCAUUGGGGGUAUUCUUGUGACAUUGCUUUAUUUACAGAAAUAAUUGAAAAAGGAAAUGAAAUGUAUUUAGAAUAUAUUGAUAAUCCAAUUAUUAAAUAUUAUUUAUUAAAACAUUUUGGAGUUAUUGAUAGAGAAAAACAAAUUAAAAUUAUUAAAACAAGAUUAAGUUAUUUAACUUUAUUAUUUAAUAUAUAA